AUGGCUUCGGAGGCCAAGAUGGACGACAUGGCCCCGGGGAGCGACCCGGAACGGAACUCGGUUCAUGGUGCCGCUGCUGAUGCCCCCGCCGGCCGAUGGGCCCGCUCCCGGGAUCUCCUCCACAAGCUCAUCACGCUUGGCCGCGUUGAGGUCCGGGGUAUCACACCGAUCCCGGUCAAGGAGCGGACCGUGGAGAGGACGGUGAAUAUCUUUACGCUGUGGUGGUCUAUGAAUACGAAUAUUCUAGGCAUCACCUUCGGCAUGCUUGCCCCGGUUUAUGGGCUCAAUCUGAGGGACAGCGCACUGAUCAUCCUGUUUUUUACGCUGUUGACCACUCUCCUUCCGGCAUACUUGUGCACUCUGGGUCCCAAGAUUGGUAUGCGGCAGAUGCUGCAAGCGCGGUACAGUUUUGGUCGCUACCUCGUCACGAUCCCCGUCCUGCUCAACCUGGCAACCCUCACAGGCUUCUGCGUCAUCAUGGCCGUCAUCGGCGGGCAGUGUCUCUCGUCCGUGGCCGACGGCAACCUCAGCGUGACGGUAGGCAUCGUGAUCACCGCCAUCCUGACGCUGGGUAUCUCCUUCUGCGGGUACACGGUGCUGCACAUGUACGAGCGCUACGCCUGGAUCCCCGCCAUCAUCUCCAUCAUCGUCGCCGUCGGCACCGGCGGCAAGGAGCUGCGCAACCAGGUCACCUACAACACGCCCCCGCCCGCCUCGUCCGUGCUGUCGUACGGCAUGAUCGUCGCCUCCUACAUGGUGCCGUGA